CAACUAAUCAUCUUUGAAUAAAUCUUUUUUGCAUUGGUUCAUAAAUAAUUAAUGCGUUUUUAAUUAUUUAAAUCUUAAAUUUUUUCACGUUGAGGAAGUGAGCUGACAAAUAUUAAAUAUGAAAUUUAUUAUCUAGUUGACUAUUAUCUACCAAUGGUAAUUGAGUACCUAUUGAGCCGCGUAUAAAUGUUAUCCUCGUUAUGCAAGAAAAAUGAGGAUCAAUGUUCAAGUAUUCACUAAUUAAUGUAAUAACUGUUGAGUAUUAAUACUCAAUUUGUCAUGGAUAAAUUAUCCAAAAUGAUUCUACGUAAAUCCAUUUAUGAUGUGCGACACUUGAAAAGGUAUAAUGUUACCUUACCUAAACCGUUGUCAGAAGUAUUUAAUGAACCUGAGAAAAAAUUCAGAUUUUUUGCUAAAAACCAAGUUGGCCUUUUUGGUACUCCAGAAUUAAUCUCAUAUGAAGGAUUUUAUGCUCUUAAAGAACGUACAAAAAUAGAAUGUGAUAAUCUUGUUAACGAAAUAUGCAAUCCUAAUCGAAAGAGGAAUCUGGUGACUAUUUUUGACCAAUUGUCUAAUAGUCUUUGUUGCCUUGCUGAUAUGGCUGAAUUUAUUCGUACAGCACAUCCAGAUAAAUCAUUUAUUACUGCUGCAGAAGAUUGCUGUAUUUCAAUGAAUACUAUUGUAGAAAAAUUAAAUACUCAUAAAGAUUUAUAUAACAAUUUAAAACAAGCAAUAAUAAAUGGUGAUAAACACCCUAUGACACAAGAAGAUCUUCAUGUUGGUGAAUUAUUUUUGUUUGAUUUUGAAUUAAAUGGUAUACAUUUAGAAGAAAGAAAAAGACAAUACGUAGUAGACUUGAAUAAUUUUAUCUUAGUUACUGGGCAACGAUUCAUGAUUGCUGCAGAGAAACCUAGAGUAGUUGAUCAAACUGGAUCGUCAAUCAUUCUUUCAAAAGAAUAUAGCUCAAUAGAAGGAAAAUUAAUAGUUGGGCAUCCUAGUUCUCAUUGUGAAAAUCCAGUAAUAAGAGAAGAAGCAUUUAAGAUUUUUAAUAGUUCAAAUGUAGAGUCAGAACAGUUAUUGGAUAAUCUCUUGGAAAGUCGUCAUAAAUUAGCUUUGACUUGUGGAUUUCCUUCUUAUGCUCAUAGAGCUUUGAAAAAUAGCAUUGCAGAAGACCCAUAUUUUGUUAUGGAAUUUUUAGAUACUUUAAACACAGAGUUGAGGACUCGAUCAGUUUUUGAUUAUAAAACAAUGAAGAAAGCCAAUAACAAUGAUACCGUAUUUCCAUGGGAUAUACAAUAUUUGACUAACAAAAUUAAACAGGAUCAUCUUAAAUAUGCAAUGAUCGAUUAUGCAUCAUAUUUUUCUUUGGGAAAUUGUAUGGAAGGAUUGAAUCUGAUUUUUAAUAGUUUAUACAAUAUUAAUUUGAUAUUUGAAGAUAUACAACCAGGCGAAGGAUGGGCUGACCGAAUUCACAAAUUGGCUGUGACUCAUAAUACUGAUGGUUUACUUGGCUAUAUAUACUGUGACUUCUUCGAGAGGCCAGGAAAGUUGCACAAUGAUUCACAUUAUGUAGUUAGAGGAGGACGAUUAUUACCAGAUAAAUCUUACCAAAUUCCAAUUGUAGUAGUUAUGUUGAAUGUUGUGUGGAACAAAAAUCAAGGUCCAGUACUUUUGCAUCCAGGCUCUGUUGAAAAUCUAUUCCAUGAGUUUGGACAUGCUAUACAUUCAAUGUUAGGUCGAACUCGUUACCAACAUGUAAAUGGUACACGAUGUGCUACAGACUUAGCAGAAUUUCCAUCGGUGUUGAUGGAAUAUUAUGCUACACAACCACAAGCCAUAAAACAGUAUGCUAAGCAUUACAGAACUAGAGAGCCUAUGCCAGAAGAUAUGCUGAAGAAAUUAUGUGCAUCCAAGUAUCUCUUUGCUGCUUCAGAAAUGCAGCUACAACUAUUUUACUCUGUACUUGACCAAUAUUAUCAUACACAUGCUCCACAGCCACGGAGUACGACUGAUUUACUUGUAAAAUUACAAGUAGAAUACUAUGGGUUGCCAUAUGUUAAAAAUACAGCAUGGCAAUUACGGUUUUCACAUUUUGUCGGUUAUGGAGCAAAAUAUUAUUCAUAUCUAGUAUCUAAAGCAUUGGCAGCACGUACAUGGCAUGAAUUUCUGAGUAAAGAUCCAUUAAAUAAUAUUCAGGGUGAACGUUUACGUACCGAAUGUUUACAACAUGGUGGUGGGAAACCAGCAAGAAAAUUAGUUUCAGACUAUCUGAAAACACCUGUUACACCAGGACUUUUGGCUUCAUCUUUAAUACAAGAUAUUGAUCAAGGCUAUGCAAUUGUUAAAUCUACCAAUUAAAUUUUUUUUUUCAUUUAUAUAUUUACUAUAUUAUUUUAUAUAUAAUUAAUGAUCAAUUUGAAGAACCUUUAAAAAAUGUUGUAAUAUUUUUCAAUACAAUUUAGAAAAUUUACUUUCCAAUCUUUACUUCCUUCCUUACCUGUUUAUUUACCUUUAUAUUUUCAUCUAACACAUGUUUGCCAUAAAAUAUAUGUUAUUAACAUCAAUGCAUUUAUAAAUAAAAUGUACAAUCAAUUUAUUGAA